GCGGAGUGGGAUCCUCUCUCUGUGGUCCGGUCACCUCGCCGUCAGACGAGGGCUUCUGUUUCUUCUGCGGCUGGCUGGUGGGUUUUUGUCUCUCUGCGGAUCGUCGACGGGAAAGAUCCCAAACUUGAUCUGUAUAAUAGCGUUGUGCGGGUUAAAUUUUGAAGGCAUUUAGCAAAUUAACGUCGAACCCGUCAGGUGGUUUUCGGAUAGCGCGUUUCACUUUUGGAAGUGUCAUUUCGUUCUUUUUUUAUUUUUUUCGAUUGCUCGGUCGCUUUUCGGUGAAAGCCGGUUCUCUCGGUUCGACGGCAUUCUGGUACCUGUGAACAAGCUGGUUGGUGGUGAACUAGGAAAAAAAAGCGUGGAAAUCCUUCCGAACAGGAAGAAGACCCAAGGAUAUAAAGUGGAAUCGGUGCGUGCAUGGAAUACGAAAUCCGUGAAAAAGUAGAAAGGAUCGGUGGAAUUUAAAACGAUUACCUGUUGUUGUUUUUGCUUGGGCUCUUGAGUCGAGCAUAGGCGGCAGAACGAAGAAAACGACGAUUGUGGGAUUGUGUGAAAGUGCCUUUAACGAUUCCCACGGAUCCCGAAGGGAACCCAACCAAACCUCGAAGUGGGAUUUUGAACAAGCGAGAAUUUAUCGGAAAAGUGUGCGAGUAAAGUGAAAGAGCAUAUACAUUAGGGCGGCUGAGGAUUUCCCGCGCACCGUUGGAGAAGGAGGCUCGGAGAUACAAGAGAAAAAGGAGACACUCGUCGCAAGGAUAAAUUUUGCAAAUCGAAAUGCUGCGACCGUCAGCAUUACUAAUUUGUGCACUGGUGCUCACGACGGCGACACAAGCAGUCGUCAAUAUCGAAGCCCAACGUCGUGAGGCACCCAUCGCCGAUACCUAUGGACUGCCACCCUCGUCUUCUGGUGCCUCUUCGCUGGAACUACCGGCUCCAGUCUAUGGAGCACCAGCAGUAGCACAGUAUCCAGCACCUCCACCGGACAUCCCACCCCCAAUCGUGCCGCACAAAGAGUACGGCGUACCGGUACAAAACUUCGGACCGCCCAAUAUCAACAUCGAGUACGGACCACCAGCUCCAGCCCCAAAACCCAUCUAUUACCCACCGAAACCCGUCUAUGGUCCACCGCCAUCACAACAACACCACGCACUGCCCCAUCAUCCACCGAAGAAGCAGUCAUCCUUCCUUGAAUCUCUUUUCUCGACAUUCGGAUUCGGAGGCGAAGAGGAGCGUCACCAGCACCAUCACCAUCAACCUCAGCCACACUAUGGUCCUCCACCGAAGCCAGUCUAUGGACCACCGAAACCUACCUACGGAGUUCCGACAUUCAGCCAACCUGCCCCUCCGAAGCCAGUCUAUGGACCUCCGAAGCCCAUCUACGCCGCACCGAAACCCGUCUACGGACCACCAAAACCGAUCUUCACCGCUCAGCAGACCUUCGGACAUCACUCUUCGGCUCACGUUCCCCCAACCCCACCAGAAAUCAAGUGCGACGGAUGGAAACCAAUUGCCGGCCCAGUUGUCCAGGGUCCACCCAGCCAGGUAGAAAUCCACGCUCCGGAAUCCUCGUACGGACCUCCUCCCAGCGGUGACUUCCUCGGUGGCGGCCAUCUGCAAAUCUCCGGUGGUGACCUUGGCCUUCAGCUGCCUCGUUUGGAACCGGGCCCAGCGUUCAACAGCGAGCUCAACCUGCACGGCGGAUUAGAACAGCACAAGGGAAACAGCUUUGAAAUUCAUUCGAACUUCAUCUCUGACUCUUAUGGAGCACCACCGCUCGAUUCGUACGCCCCAGGUACCUACAAGCCAUCGUUCGUGAAGCCACUGCCUCCUCCGCCACCACCAUCGCCACCAAAACUUCAGUUCCCACCAUCACCAGUCUAUGGAGUUCCUCACCGGCCAGCCCCUUACCAGCACGGUCUCGCCAUCUCCCACGGAUCCAUCAGCGGUAACUUGAAACCAUGGUCCGGACCAAUUGCCCCACCACGUCAGCCAAUCGCCUACCGCCCACCCGUACCAUCCGGGCUCAUUGAAUCCAUUGGACAUACCGUCGAACAGCUGGAUAACUUCGGAAGCAAGCCUCACUACUCCGGAGAUGUUUACCUCCCACCGCCAACCAGCGACAUCCCAACUGCUCCGGUCGCCAGCCUUGAACUGCACGCUCUCCCAUCCGAACAACCACCAAAGCCUUUCUUGACGCAGCAUCAGUUCCCGGAAGCCCUCGCUCAGGUCCAGCAACCGCGCCAUCCCGACCUCAACGUCCUUCCAAUCUCUUCCACCGACUGCGGUCACGGUCCGGAACUUUCGGGACACGGCCCAGAACUUUCGGGACACGGAAACGACCAAUCGUACUUUGGAGCAUCGGGAGCUCAAGCCUACAUCAGCGAAGAAUCCAAUAGCAUCGACUCCAGCUACGGUCCACCACCUUCAGGAGCUGCUAUCGGUGAAUUCCGUACCGCCCAUCAAUUGUCUGGAAGUGAAUCCGUCUCCGCAUCCAGCCUGCCUGGCCUAACCGGCGGACUCGGUGGUCUCGAACUAGUCUCCGCACAGAAAUCGCACAGCCUUACCAUCCCGGUACAAGGCCAGCUGGGAUCCUACCAGCUCCAGUUUCAAGCCGCAGACCCCGUAGGCCAUGGCGCAUCCGGCGGAGCCCCCCACGAACAAAUCCUCACCGAAGGACUCCUCCAAUCUAUCCUAUCCGCCAUCGAACAACCUCAAUCAAACUUCCAACAGGAGUCAUCCUCGUACGACCCGAACAUCGACCACAGCGAGGUGUCCGUGUUCUUGAAGAGUCCCGAAGGCCAGAAAACCUUGGCCGACCACCCAAGCGCACCCUCCGAAUCCAUUCACAAGCGACGAUAAGUGGCCAUAUCCGGAGGGCAAUAGUCAACCAUUUCGAGUGAGUGUCCGAGAGUGGUAUGAUGAGUGAUCCUCGGGAAUACGUACAUAGUUGUUUUAACAAUUUCUGUAGAGUACGGUACGGUACGGUAGUGAGAAUCACAGUACUGCGAGACGCGCAGAGUAAGCGGCAUUCGCCAAUUUUAAUUUAUUAUUAUCCUCCCUUUUCCGAUGCAUGGCGAGUGAAUGUUUGUUGUUAAAUGAGUGAGUGAGAAUGUGAGCGGAACCGAUCUGCACAACAGUGAGCGCUUUGAUGGACAAAACAUCUCUCAGAGUCGUCCACCGGGCUGAACCAUUUCGGAUGUUUCCGCAUUCGUGGAACAAGUUGUCACCCCUCGGAUUACACCUUGUGGCACAAAUUAUCAAUUAAGCACACUGUUAUCAUGUCGCCAUCUACCGCGCGCGGCGAACGGUGGUCAGUCGGAGUUACCGCAAUAUGCUUUGGACGUGAAAAGAGCAGAUUCGAACGGGCCACGUGCUGCAAAAGCUGUCUAUCGUCUAUAGCGCAGACAUGAAUUAAGAUGUCGAGAUUGUCGUCCCAUCGCCACCGCGCGCCGUUCCGUUCCACUCGGUGGUGCGGUGACUCGUUCGCGUCAAAGGAUACAUGAAGAAAAAGUUACCAUAACAUCAUCAUCAUAAGGGAGUGCAGAGUUACCAUGAGCGAGCAUGAGUUUGAUGGAUACCUAUUAGUGAUGCUGCGGAGUGUACAGUCAGUGGGUUAUAAUUGAGUAUUUUUAUGUUCAUUCAAAGGCGAGCACGUUCGCAGUUUGAAGGCCGCGAGGUGAAUACGGAGCAGCAGCAGCAACAUGAUACGGUUGAAAUUGGAGUGACAUGAGCCGUUUGAAUGCGAUGCUUGUGAGAGAGAAAAUGGAUGUUUAUCGUACAAGUGGGUAUUUAUUAUUUAAAUGCAAAUGUGUGAAAGCAAAAUGAGUAAUUUUAUGCCAGGAAUGGCAUGCGAAUUUAAGUGUAUUAUAGAUGUACUUGCUGAAUAGUGUAGAAUUGAGCAACGAAAAGUUCGGAGAUUAAUUGAAU